UGUGUGUGUGUGUGUAGAGAGAGAGAGAGAGAGAGAGAGAGAGAGAGAGAGCGAGCGAGAGAGAUCAUGUGAUGAAGGAGUGAGCCUGGCUUGCUGGGUGGUGAUGUGAAGGCUACAAUCACACAAACCCCACACGUCUUGUGACUGCUGCUGGUUCCGGAACCUGAACGAGGCAUCGGGCGGACGGGCGGGGAAACAACCACCGGUGUUCUGCUGGCUGUUGCCCCGGGAAGGAGGGGGAGCAUCAAUGCCUCCAAGUUGCCUCUCACAUAUCGGUCUGGACCUGUUCUCCUUAUCGGGCCUCUUGCGCUGAGAUAAUGAAAGGAUGGCCGAGCAGCGAUGCGGGGACCACGGAGGGCUGAGGGAUGAUGCUGCAGCGACUCGCCGGGAUGAGCAGCAGCAUCACAACACGAUGAAUUCACCGGAGGAAGCAGGAGUAGUGGAGGGACUCUCUUUGGAGGAGAUACUGAGGCUUUACAGCCAGCCCAUCAAUGAGGAGCAGGCUUGGGCGGUAUGUUACCAGUGCUGCAGGACGCUGGCGAGGGGACACCGGAGCAGGAGAAGCUCCUCCGCCGCCGGGGCAUCACCAGCAGCGGCUCCGAUGAGGAUAUCCGGAGCAGGGGAUGUCAGGAUACAGAAAGACGGGUCUGUGAGGCUGGAACACCAGGGCUGUGAAGGUAAAUACAGCCCCUGCACAACAACAGAGGAGAUUGAGUCUCUGGGCAUCAUGAUCUACAAGGCUCUGGAUUACGGGCUGAAGGAGAACGAGGAGAGGGAGCUCAGCCCACCUCUGGAGCAGCUCAUCGACCUCAUGACCAACAUGGCCGAAGCUGAGAGGGACGCCUGCCCCGACGAAGGCUAUGAGGCAACAGAAGAAGAGGAUGAGGCAGAGGAUGAACUCGAAAGCAUCUCCAGUGUCCCCGGCUACAGAGAUAUCCUCAAGCUGUGCACAGCUCAUCUACCCAGUCUAUCAGAUGUCCCCGGUCACUACCAGGCAGUGUGUCGGGCUCUGUACACAGAAACCAGGGAGCUAGGUACUUUCCUGGCGAAGAUCAGGAGUGCCAAAGAGAACCUCCGUAAGAUGGAGGAAGGAUCAUCAGAGGGGCCUGGCAGAGACCUGAAUGAGCUACAGAAUGAUGACUGGGCUCGAUUCUGGGUUCAGGUGAUGAGGGACCUGCGUGAAGGAGUCAAGCUGAAGAAGGUGCAGGAUCGUCAGUAUGACCCUCUGCCCAUCGAGUACCAGCUCACCCCCUAUGAGAUGCUCAUGGACGACAUCAAGUCCCAACGCUACAAACUGCGCAAAGUCAUGAUAAAUGGAAUCAUCCCACCCAGGUUAAAGAAGAGCGCUCAUGAAGUCAUCCUGGAGUUCAUCAGGUCCAGACCACCUCUCAACCCUGUGUCAGCUCGUAAGCUGAAGCCACAGACUCAGCCUCCUCCAACACUGCAUGAACGGAUCUUGGAGGAAAUCAAAUCAGAGAGGAAACUUCGACCAGUGUCUCCUGGUGAGAUGCGCAGGGGAAGGCUGGAUGAGUUUAGUCCGUACAUGGGCAGGAGGACGUCCAGUACUCUGUCUCUGACCAACGGGUCGAGCUCUGCCAGGGGAGAAUCCUCCGGAUCUCAGUCUGUACCUCCGAGGAAGAGGCUCCUGAAGGCUCCCAGCCUCGCCGAGCUGGACAGCUCUGACUCUGACGAUGAGAUAUUCGGGCACAGAUCAGCCAGCAGCUCGAGUGUGGCUACAUCCUUGAUGGAUGAUACAUCCCCAGAGUGUGUUCUGGGGAAGAAAACUCCCCCCAUGUUCCUGCCCAUCUCUUCUACACCCCAGCCAGAGAGACGUAAGACGCCCCAGAGGAGACACUCCAUCGAGAAGGAAACCCCGACCAACGUCCGACUAUUUCAGCUGCCCUGCAAAAAAAGCUCCAAGUCUCUGGAGGAGUUCUGUUUUCCUGUGGAGUGUCUGUCUCUGACGGUGGAGGAGGUGAUGCACAUCAGGCAGGUGCUGGUGAAGGCAGAGCUGGAGAAGUUCCAGCAGUACAAAGACAUCUACACCGCUAUGAAGAAGGGAAAGCUCUGCUUCUGUUGUCGAUCCAAAAGGUUUUCCCUUUUCACCUGGUCCUACAUCUGCCAGUUUUGCAAAAAACCUGUGUGUGCACAGUGCUGCAAAAAGAUGCGGCUGCCAUCCAAACCUUAUUCCAGCUUGCCCAUCUACUCCAUUGGCUCGACCAACACUCUCCCCAGGGAGAGAGUAAGUAUGGCUGCUCUAGGACAAGGACUCUCUGUGGCUGGAGGGCCAGGGCCGUCAGCAAUGGGAGGGGCCGCAGAACCCCCCACUAUGAAAGUAGAAACAAAGGGGGCAUCUAAAGGAGCUAGAAAAGCCUCUGGAGCAGCAGCUGCUGCUAAAUCAGAGAAAUCCUCCAGUAGCCCACAGCGCCACAGCAUUCACAAGACCAUGUCCAAGUUUUCCAAGCACGGUUCUCUGAAGUCUCAUGAGGAACUGGAGCUCCCCUCAGAGCUGACGGAGGACUGGGCCACCAUGGAGGUGUGUGUGGACUGUAAGAAGUUCAUCACUGACAUUAUCGCCUCCAGCAAGCACAGCCUGUCACUGGCCACCAAGAGAGCUCGCCUAAAACGCAAGACCCAGUCCUUCUACCUGUCCUCCCCUAAAGGAAGGGAGGAGUACCGGCCAUCUGAACGGACAAUCAAGGAGAUCUAAACUCUUCUUCUCUCGCUCUGGCUGCUUUCAGCUUCUAUGGCACAAGUAUAAAGACUCAACACUCGAUAUGAUUUUACUGUACAUGUAUACUUCAGUCAGAUAUGAACCUCGGUGGUGGAAUGUGUGGUGUUUGUUGCUGUGCCCUGAUCGUUGUGUAUAGCUCCUUCAGACAACAGCAUACACUUUGUUUUCUUACCAUAUCAUAGAUGAUCCUUUAAUCUCUGGCCACAGACUUUUGAGUAAAGUGACAAGAACUGUUGAUGACAAACGUCAAAGUUGCCUCUGAUGACACAGCAGCGUGGUCCAACCCAACUCACAUUCAAAUCUUUAAGCACAAGACAGAAGAAGGACUGAUGAGUUUGACUUCCUCAGGCUCUGCUGAAGACACGAGGUCUGCGUCUACAGAUCUUAUUGUAACUGAGAUUGACACUAUGGGAAAUCAAGCUGUACAUUUUUUUUACACAUGUGCGUAUACAGUAACUGAUUGUUCAAUGAAGUCACUCUCUGUAUUUAAUUUGGAGUUUUCUUUUGCUGAUGAUGGUCAAUGAGACUUCCCCACACGUUUCCUUUCACUGAGCAUACUUGAAGGAAUGCUUCUGCUUUUCUUGAGGAACAAGAGGAAAAAGUCUGUGUUUCCUCACAUCAGUUUUUUGCAUCACAUUUAAAAACAUAAUCUGUUUUCAUGCUGAUUUAGUGCCAAACAGUAACAGCUUUAUAAUCUAUCAGUCAUCCAAAGAAUAUACAUUUUUUCUGAUGCGUGUUUGCAGUCGUUUUACAACAAACUGCUGAGACAAAAUGUGGUUUCAAAUCUUGAUAUCUCAAAUUGAUUAUUCUAGACUUAAGAAGUAUCACUCCAAUAUAGUUUAAUCAGGACUGUGUGGAUAAGAUUUGAUCAGAUUUUAUUUUAGUACUGCACUUCCAUAAGGUAAGGGGACUUCUUAUAAAAAGAAUGGUGAAAAUUGAAGCUGCAGAGGCUGAGAUAUUGUGUCUCUUCCGUGUGUGUGUGUGUCUCUCUAUCUCCAUUAGUCCCUAUAUGAAAAAAUAUUUCCCAUGAUGCAACUCCAUUUACGUUAAAACGUUACGGUCUGGUAAAUACCCACAUCUUCCAAACUCCACAGAAAGAGCUUCUUCUGAGAGCAACACAAGACACUCUGUUUUCACCGGCUCAGUAUUGCUCAUGACAAGUAAACUGUUUAUGUGUCAAAUCUGUGAAGUGCCCCAAUAAGCAAACACCUCCACAACUGCCACUUCCACACUACUAAAUCCUGAUUGGUGCAAGUAAGUACAUAACAUCAUCUGUUAAAAACUGAGCUCCGCCCACUUCAAACAAGUGACGAAAAAAAUAAAUACAGAAAUCUCUUGUGUAAAAUAACCCAAACUAUUCACACUUUGACAUAAAAAAGCAGAAAAAAAAGAAGGCUUUUAGGACCUUUAAAGCACAUUUCUUAACCAUAUAUUCCUACUAUAUGUUCAUUUGCAACUUACUUAAAUCACAGGAGCCGGUAUUGAAACAUUUCUACAUGCAGUACCAUGUGUCAGAAUUUUCUGUUUUUUAAUUUACAUGAAAUAUCUGCAUAUUUUUGCAUUUUUUAAAUGUAACUUUGCGUUGCUAAAUAUAUAGUAUGUAUUAACUCGUUAACUUUUCUUUACGAUUAGUUCCCUGCUUUCAUUGUGUACGGAGGCGUCAUAAUUAACAUGUUCAUGUUUUUGUACAGUUCACUGUACAAGCAGCAACAACAUCCUGUCCUGCUCUGCAACACAUACUGUAAGAUGCCUUUAUGAUUUCCCUUCAUCAUUCAGAGUCUCAGUAUUGGCCUGGAUGUAUAUAUUUUUCUUCAUCACAUUCCUCAUCUUCCUUCUUAAGAUAUUUCUGCCUUAACAAUUGCCUUUUAUAAUCACACUCACGUGUUGAACAGUCAUCUACUGUAGCUGUACAUACUUAGUUUCUAAUGGUUUGCAGAUCAGGUGUGUGUGUUGCUUCGAUGAUAUGACCGUGAGACUGUUGUAGAUCUGUUUCUCUGAGAGGGAAACUAUCCCAGUACAGUCAGUGUGUUCAGGGGAGGAGUGGCACAUCCACAGAAGAAACUACAGUGUGACUGCAUCAUGCAUGUACUACGGUGUAGCUUGUACCCUCAGUCUGUAUUACCUUUAAGCUGUAACUCUCUGCAGAGAGUGCAACAAAUGAUGACUACAACAAUAAACUGUAAUGCAAUACCUGA